AUGGACCCCAGAACCGGCAACGCCAUGUGCGACAUAUGCCAGCGCGGGCACCAUCCGCAGAGGCUCCCGUUUCUGUGUGCGAUGGACGCCCGGAAUCUGCUGUACGAGAAGCGCAUCGCCAACGCUCAGGUCCUCAUCGAGAUGGACGAGCUCGAACAGCGAGUCAAUGCGCUCCUCCAGGACGGCCAGGCAGACGCAGCGACGACCUCCGCCGGCCGAGCAUCGCAUACAUACACAGAAAACAGCCACUCGGAGGAACAAAAGGCAAAGUUGCGAACAGAGCAGAUCAUCUCAGCCGCCGAGAAGCUGCAGAAAGAGGUUGACGAGGCCAAGAAAGAGAUCCAAGACCGCAAGGCAGCCAUAGCCCGGCGCAAGACGGAUCUUGCCUCUGCAUCACAGGGAAUAGCUGCGCGGAGAAGGAGGGAGCUGGAAGAGACCCAAAAGGCCAUCUCGAUGAGCAAAUUUCGCUGGAACCAAGACCAUGGGGCAAUGGCGGCAUACCGCGGUGCGUUGUGCGCCGAGGUUGCCAAGCUGUACAGGCUCCAACGCGUGAGGCGAGGCAAUCCAGUUCGAUUUGAAUACAAGAUAGGGGGACUGGAAAUAGUCGACCUACAUCAUCUCAAUAGUAAGUUGAAUAGGAACAAGCGGACUGGAGAGGGUCCUAACCAUCGCGAAGGCACACAUCCCGAACACAUCUCGGCAUCUCUUGGUCAUAUCGCACAUUUGCUAUGGCUAGCAUCACACUACCUGUCCAUCAAGCUUCCUGCCGAGAUCACACUUCCUCACAACGACUAUCCCAAGCCGACCAUAUUUUCCCUAGCGUCGUCCUACCAACAUGGACAGGUCAGCUUUCCAGGCGCGUCCCCAUUACCGGUCGAUCCCUUGGACCGUCAGUACGGCCAUGUGCCUCACCCAAGGCCGCUAUUCUUGGACAAACCACUCGCCUCGUUUUCGAAGGACGAAUCAAAUAACUACACUGCCUUCCUCGAAGGUGUGUGUCUUCUCGCCUACAACAUCGUGUGGCUCUGCCGCACCCAGGGUGUCCCCGUCGGCAACAACGACAACAGCUUCGAGGACUUUACCUAUAUUGGACGAAAUUUGUACAACCUCCUGAUCGGCUCGUCUGUAAAUCGCGGCCAGCCUCCCCAGGCAAUGCUCGACGCGAAUGGAAGUCCGGCCCGCAACGGGGCCUUAGGCGGCAAUGGCGAGGGCAAUGACCUCGCCAAGGCAACCCCCCAGAUGGGCGCCUGGUCGCAUGGCACGGCGCACACCUCGCUGAGCAGCACGGCCGGCAACGAGUUCACGCGCUCCUUCAAGCUGCCCAACCCGAUAAAACUGGCUGACAAGCUGAAGUCGCGGUUGGCGAACGAUGCCCCCGUGCCGGAGUGGGAGCUGAUUGAGGGUGGUGACUUUGGUCCCAACGAUCUCGACGACGGCGUCUUUGUCGGGGGGUCGCCCCAGUCCAAGGGGAGGGCCCCCAGGUACGGGUUGGAGAGCUACAUGAGCGUCAACACGAUCAGGAGCCACGCCUCGUCCGACACCAGGAUCUCGGGCGCGACUGCAAAUACGGCCGGGACGAGGGAUAAGGAGAGGAGCUCGAAUGGCUGGACCAAGAUCAAGCCUAGAUGA